CGCCUGCACCACCAUGGACGGAAGAGACCCGUGCCCGUACCGCAUCCUUGACGACAUUGGGUCGGCCUUUGCCAUGGGCACCAUCGGCUCUGGGGCAUUCCAUGCCUUCAAGGGCGCGCGCGCAGCGCCCAAGGGCAUGCGGAUGGCCGGAAUGGUGGCGGCGGUGAAGAACCGUGCUGCGGUGACCGGCGGGGCCUUUGCCAUCUGGAUGGCUCUGUUCUCCUCGUUCGACUGCGCCAUUGCCGGCGCCCGCGGCAAGGAGGACCAUUUCAACCCGGUGGCCGCCGGCGCCCUCACCGGCGCCCUCCUUGCCAUUCGCCAGGGCCCGCGCAAGGCGCUGCAGCACGGCAUCGCGGGCGGCGCCGUCCUCGGCGUUUUUGAGGGCGUUGGCAUGCUUAUCGAGAAGGUCACCACGUACUUUACUCAGCCGUCGGCGCCGGCCUACCCGUCAGUCCAGCCGGGUCGCGCCGCCGCCCCGCCGUCGUAGCCGUCGGUCGCCUGGCACGACCGCCGUCCGCCCCGCCGCCGAUGCGUGGGC